AUAAUUAAGGAUUUAGCAUACCGUCGUCAUCUUCUCGACCCGCAGGCAGAAAGGAGGAGACGAAACAGAAACCUUCUCACUCCCUCUUCACCACCAGCAAACUCGAUCCCCUUUCUCCUAGAUCAAUCGCCACCUUUCUCUUCUCCCUUUUCUUCUGAGAUCUAAACGAUACUCUUCUUGUUAUUGGAAGUUGAUCGGAAUCGGAUCGCCGUCUGAUGAGGAAGAGGGAGAGGGAGAACCCUUGCGAAGUCUGUGGGCAUUACCACAAAUACGAGGAGGGGGAGGUAUGUAACAUCUGCGGCCACCGGGUCCCCGCAGCCUACGAGCGCACCAUACAGCAGAGCAGCGCCUUCCCAUCUGAGAUACUCAAGGAUUUCCUCUACCUUGGUAGCUACGACAACGCCUCUCGUGGGGAGAUCCUCAAAGCCCUAGGCAUCACCCACAUCCUCAACACUGUUCCUGCUUGCCAGAAUUUAUACAAGAAUUCCUUUACUUACCACUGCCUCAAAGAUGAUACAGUCAUACAAUUUGAUGAAGCAAUUCAAUUUAUAGAUCAAUGCGAGAAAGGGAAAGCUCGUGUGCUUGUCCACUGUAUGUUGGGAAAAAAUAGGUCUCCAGCAAUUGUGAUAGCUUAUUUGAUGAAAUCUAAAGGAUGGAGACUUAUACAAAGUUCUCAGUGGGUUAAAGAACGACGCCCAGUGAUUGAAUUGUCUCCAGCCAUCUAUCAGCAGUUGUCGGAGUACGAACGAAAAGUCUUUGGAUCCAGUGAAGCUGUGACUGGGCAACCCAUCCUUGCAUAUGAAUCAAUUCCAUCUUUUGGCUUUGCAAUCUCCCCAUCAUCCAAUACAACACCAGCUCCAAUAUUUAACCAGCCAACCGCAUCCAUCUUCCAACGAGCCAACCCGGAUACCACAGGAAGUAAUUUUGUUUUUGGAGCAGAAGCGAAAGUGGAACUAAGAAUGACGGACAGCAGUGCUUUCGGAGUGUCACCACCACCAACUGGGAACGAGGCACCCAUGGACAGUACUUGAAGGAUGACAGGGCGAAAAGUAGCAGCCUUCUAUUGGAUUUGGUGGUAUAUUGAGUUCAAUAAACUAUAGUUCUGGUGAAAGGGGCAAAUGAAUUCGAUUUCAAGUUUGACUAUAUUCAUGUGUAUAAUGUCAUUAAGCUCGAGCCCAAGUGAACUUGAAUUGUUAGUCGGUUUUCCUACCAUUGGAGUAAUAAUUAAAAGUGAUAUCGCUCAUCCCAAA